AUGAAAAAUGUCUUCAGAAAAAUAAGUUUAGGAAGGCCAGAGGAACUUUAUGCACCAGCAAGACAUGUCCAAAAGCCUCUUAAGCAUUUUCUUUCACUCAGCUCCUCAGUUCAAAACACAAGUGAUCAGGAGACUUGUCCAUCUAAUUCAUCCUACGGCUCCUAUCUGAGUGAGACACACACCCCGUGGGCUCUCUCCAGGAACAGAACACUGUAUUCUCGUUCAGAUUCUGGAAUAUCAUCCCUGCUUCCAUCAGAUUCUUUCAAGUACCUCACUUGGCACAAAGUAGAACAAAAUGACAUCCAAGGAAGUCAACUGCGUUGCCCGCGAGUAAGAGAAGGACCCUCUGCCGAAGAGCUGCUCCUCAGACAGGAGGAAUGUACUUUGCCUUCACAGAAAAGAGUCCUUGAAAAAAACAAAUGGGAAACGUGGCUGCAAGAAAACUGGGAGGACUGCACGAAUUUGAACCUUUCAUUUCAGGAUUUGGGGGACCCUUAUCAAGUUGAAAAUUUUAACAGGAUUCUUAGAAGACUAAUUCGAGUUGAAACCCUCUGGUUAGUGGACAAUUCACUGGUGGAUUUAAGUGCCAUAAGAUUGCCAAGUUGCAGAGUUUUAAAUAUGAACAAAAACCAUCUCACAUCUUUCAAACAAUUGCCAAAGAUGCCUCAGAUUCAGCAUUUAUCCUUGGCUGACAACCAUAUUGAGACUCUGAAUGGGCUGUCCAGUUUACAGCACACGCCACUGGAAUCCCUUAUGCUCAAGAGGAACCCUUGUGAAUUUCACCAAAACUACCGGAAACGAUCCUCCAAUAAGAAGACAGCACAGUUCAAAAGAGAAAGGACUUAA